CUGGCAAAUGAUCUUCCUCCCGCUGCAUUUCGGCUGUUCGAGGCUUGGGGAUUUCCCCAACCGCAACCGCCUUCGCGUCGGCAUGUACCAGCGGUUCCCUUAACCUUUGCGAUCACUACUGUCUCCCCCACAGCCACGGGUAGCCGAAUUUAUUUGCCGUCACCGUCACUGGUCCUUACAAUUCCCUGGAGAUAACUGGCUUGCCACGGCCCCGUCAGGUUCGCAUAUAAAGUCCUUCACAAUCCCCUUCUGGGACACCUUUUUUUUUAAAAAAAAAAAAUCUACAUCCUAUCCCAGUUACCCCGGACUUUUCUCUUUUUAACUCCCCGUCAACACACUCUUAUACAACCACACACAAUGUCCACCACUCGCGAAUUCGACCCCAACUUCACUCCCUAUGUGAUCAAUUCCAUGGGCCCCAAGACUCCCGAGCGCACGCGCGUGCUGCUGGGUUCUCUGAUCAAGCACAUCCAUGAGUUCGCUCGCGAGGUCGAGCUGACGCCCGCUGAGUGGAUGCUUGGCGUGGAAUUCAUCAACUCGAUUGGCAAGAUCAGCACCCCCAUUCGCAACGAGUGCCACCGGAUCUGCGACGUUAUUGGUCUGGAGUCCCUCGUCGAUGAAAUCGCCAACAAGAUCGUCACCGAACAGGGCGUCUCUCCUACCUCCAACGUCAUCCUCGGCCCCUUCUGGUCGCCCAACGCCCCCUUCCGCAGCCUCGGCGACUCCAUCAUCCAAAACCCCAACCCCAACGGCCAAGUCACCUACAUGCACGGUGUGCUGAAGGACAUGGAGACCGGCGCGCCCAUCGAAGGCGCCGUCCUUGAUAUCUGGCAGGCCUCGGCAAACGGACAGUACGAUUUCCAGGACCCCAACCAGACCGAGAACAACCUGCGCGGCAAGUUCCGCUCCAACGAGAAGGGCGAGUUCUGGUGGUACUGCUACCACCCCACUCCGUACUCGCUGCCCACCGACGGCCCCGCCGGUGUGCUGCUGAACCUGAUGGACCGUUCGCCGAUGCGCCCGGCCCACAUCCAUCUGAUGAUCACCCACCCCAACUACGCCACCGUUAUCAACCAGAUCUACCCCAGCGACGAUCCCCAUCUUGACAUCGACUCUGUGUUUGCCGUGAAGGAUGAUCUUGUCGUGGACUUCAAGCCCAAGACCGAUGAUCCCAAGGCUUCGUUGGAUCUCGAAUACAACGUCAACAUGGCGCUCAAGAAGCACCACCCGAACCCCAACUCGGCGCCCCCGGUGUCCUCGUUCGAGCGGCACAACAAGGCUGCAAGCCAGAAGCUAUAGAGGGUUGAUAGAAGGUGGUUCUUGUUGAUGCAUUUUUCUUACUGUACAGGUAUAGCAUUUGUCAGAAUUUAAGCGAUUUUCGAG